AUGGAUAAGAAGCGCAAGUCAGUCUUUUCAUCGCAUCAUGGUGAUUCAGUACUGACAAGGGCGAAGAAAAACCAUCUUCUUCAUAGUUCCAAUACGGCUCCUCUGCAGGGAUUUCUAUCAGACACAGAUUUUGACAACGAUGUACAAAUAAUUUUCAAUAUAAUCGACAAAAUUACCGCAACAUCUGAAGAUAGUGUCGCUAAUCCCAGCUCGGACAUUUUGAAAGCCGCCAAUGACUUUAGUCAAGCUCUACGGCAUGCGUCUACUCCCAACAAACCAACUACAAAUCUCUGUCAUGAUCGCGAUAUACCGACAAGUUUAUCAUCAAGCUCUAGCCUGCCCCCAUUGCCCCGAAUUAUUGACGAGAAACUUGAAAGAGCGGUUUUUACACACCCGGGAGUGAGCAAAGAUCCAAAAAUAAGUUAUGAUAGGCUUGAAGUCCUUGGCGACGCAUAUAUAGAGCUCAUAGCUACAAAACUCAUCUGGAACAAAUUCCAGCAGAUACCAUCUGGCCGGAUUUCACAGAUUAGGGAGCUUCUGGUAAAGAAUGAGACUCUGGCCGAAUAUACUACAGAGUAUGGGAUUGACCAAAGAGCUUCAGUUCCACAUGAUUAUUCAAGCCAGCCGAAGCGGUGGACCAAAACGAAAGGCGAUAUCUUCGAGGCCUACGUGGCUGCUGUUGUACUAUCACAUCCUAAUGGAUAUGAUAUUGCUGAAAAAUGGCUCUCACAAUUAUGGUCCUCCAAACUUGCAACCAUUGAGGAAUCGCAUGCACACUCGCAGGCCAAGGAAGAUCUCGCCAAAAAAAUAAUGGGAAAAGGCGUCAAACUGAAAUACAUUGAUGAAAGGAAGCCGCUACAGCACGAAGGAGGUAUGCAAACCUUUUUUAUCGGUGUUUACCUCACGGGUUGGGGAUGGACCAACAAACACCUUGGAUCUGGCCAGGGGUCGAACAAAACAAUUGCUGGGAAUAAGGCAGCUCAACAGGCCCUAGAAAAUGGCUGUUUAAUCAAGGAUAUUGUCGCAUCCAAGCUCAUGCAUGGGACAGGCAGGCCGUAG